CUUUGCGACAACUCCAUUCCCUGUCAACUCCCGGAAAUCUACAUCAACAGAUUGAUAUUAACUGAAUCAUUGGUUUUACAAAGAAUCAGAGCUUCUUGGGAUCUUAUAAACCUUCGCUAUGUCUCGCCAUCAUCCCGAUCUCGUAAUGUGCCGCAAGCAGGCCGGAAUUGCAAUCGGUCGACUUUGUGAUAAAUGCGAUGGCAAAUGCCCCGUCUGCGAUUCCUACGUUCGACCUACAACCCUCGUUCGAAUCUGCGACGAAUGCAGCUUCGGCAACUAUCAAAACAAAUGUGUAGUAUGUGGCGGAGAGGGAAUAUCGGAUGCCUUCUAUUGCUUUGAGUGCACGAGGUUAGAGAAAGACAGAGAUGGCUGCCCGAAGAUUAUAAAUUUGGGUUCCUCGCGCACGGAUCUAUUUUACCAAAUGAAGAAUUUUCGAAAUCAUUAGCAGCAUUCAGGUCGUGGCAAGGGCGUUGUUUGGUUGCAUGGCACCGGAGUUUAGAUGAUUACCCCAGGGUUAGUUUUGGCGUUGGUCAGGGAAAAUAGGGAAGAGAGCACUGCAUAGCUCAUGAAUUGGAGAAAUCGAAUUAGAGAAAUUGGUAUUCAUCAUUCGUGUAUCAAAGGUUUGAUGUAUUGUUUGUUCGCUGCUCAAUACUAAGCCAAUGCUUACGCCAAUACUUCAAUCGAACGAAGGCAGCAAAGUUACACAUCGAAAAAGGCACAAGGAUCCCUUUUUUAUGUUCUUAAUCCUUCAAAUCCAUUCCUUCACCGAAUCCAUUUUCAAGUCAUCCACCCGAGUACCGUCUCACUCACCGCCUAUACCCUGACCUGAAAACAUCACCGCAUAAUUACGCACAGCUCUUUGCGGUGUCAUGCAUGCGACCUGCAAAGC